UGGUUUUUUUCUGUCGUGUUCUUGAUCAAAUCCAAUAUGGCGGCCGAAAGAUCACAUUUUAUAGCACCGGUUAUACAAGAUAAUCCGAAUGGCUGGGGGCCCACGUCUGUCUCAGAUGCUUUCAAAGGAAUACCUUAUCAACCGUUCUCUAAAGGAGAUAGACUUGGCAAGAUUUCUGAUUGGUCUGGAACAUCGUUUCAAGACAGACGUUACCAAAAUAAGUAUUUGAAUCAAUUUGGUGGAGGCAGUCAGUAUGCUUAUUACCACGAGGAAGAUGAGUCUAGUUUCCAUCUUGUUGACACAAGCCGCCCUCAGAAACCUGUUUACAUGCGGAAUAGAAACCGGUUCAACCAGCGGAAGAUGAAUCGUGACAGGGAACGUCAAAUGCAGCGUCAACAAGCAGGAAUGCAAAAUCUCAUGAAAAGUCGUGAUAAGAGGUUGAAUCGUAAACUUCAAAAGCAGUAUGCUAACAGGAACAACUGGCAAGACAGGAGGAACCAGGGUCCGCAGAAGUUUCGCAACGCUUCUGUGAUGGUUCGUGAGGAAUGGAAGGUGAUUGAGGAAAUGGACUUUCCACGGCUGUCAAAAUUAAGUCUGCCCAGCAUUGGGGAACCCGAAGAUCUAGUGAAAUGUGGUGAACUGGAGUAUUAUGACAAAGCCUAUGAUCGAGUGAAUAUUAAGACAGAGGUGCCCUUAGCUAUGGUCAACCGGGUAUUUCAUAAAGUUACGACCACUGAUGAUCCUGUGAUCAGGACCCUGUUGUCAAAAGGAAAUGUUUUUGCAACUGAUGCCAUAAUAUCAACGUUAAUGACAUGUACAAGGUCUGUGUACUCAUGGGAUAUUAUUGUACAGCGAGUUGGUAAAAAGUUGUUCUUUGACAAGAGAGAUGAUUCUGAAUUUGAUCUUCUGACUGUGAAUGAAACAGCAAUUGAGACUCCCAAUGAUGACAGUGCAGAGAAAGGCAUUAAUUCUGCCACAAAUCUUGCGCUUGAGGCGACAUUCAUCAACCAGAACUUUUCGCAACAAGUGUUGAAACGUUCGUAUGAGCGAGAGAGAUUUGACCAGCCAAAUCCAUUUGUUGUGGAAGACGUGGAGGAAGAGGCUAAAGUUGCUUCCGUGGGUUAUAGAUAUCGUAAGUGGAAUCUUGGAGAUGAUAUUGAUGUGGUGGUGAGAUGCGAACAUGAUGCAGCAUUGGCUCCUGGGACUUAUAUCAACGUCAAGGCACUAAACGAAUGGGAGUCUAAGGCAGGAAUGGGGGAUUGGCGUCAGAAGCUGGAUACUCAGCGAGGAGCUGUUCUUGCCACAGAACUCAAGAACAACAGCUGCAAGUUAGCGAAAUGGACUGUUGCUUCUGUCUUAUCUGGCUCGGAAUAUCUUAAGAUUGGGUAUGUCUCACGUAAGAACUUCAUGGAUUCAACUAAACACUGCAUUCUUGGCACGCAGCAAUUUCGCCCCAGAGAGCUGGCUAGUCAGAUGAAUCUCAGUAUGGAUAAUGGCUGGGGAAUAAUACGAUGCAUUGUGGAUUACUGUAUGAGCCUGUCUGAUGGCCGAUACCUCAUUCUGAAGGAUCCAAAUAAGGGAAUGAUUCGCAUUUACGAUAUUCCGAACAACACGUUUGAGAGUGACGAGGAGGAUGACGAAGAUGACGAGGAGGAUGACGAGGAAGCCGAUGAUGAAGAGGAUGAUCAGGGGGAAAAUGGGGAGAACUAACAGUGCCCAUGGACGAUGUCAAUGAAGUAACUAAAUUAGUUUGAUAAUUGACACUUGUUCUUGAUAAAAUCACGAUAAAUUCCUGGCAUGUAAAAUGCUUCUUUAAAUCUGCUAAAAUAUAAUGUCAUUCUAAUAAAAUAUCAACGUAUAAAAAACA